UUUUUGCUACAUUGGUGAGAUACGUCUUCUUGUCGCCCUGCUUUUCGCUUACGACUACCAGCAAAUAUGGUAAAGACAGUGUUGUUGUUGCUAUUGGUGGAAAUAAUGGCGGACCUAGUGCCAGUAGGAGCGAUGUGGCCUACCACCAGCUACUACAUUGACUAUGUGGUGGCCAAGAAUUGCUUCGGAGAAGAUGCAGCUCUGGAAAUGGAACGAAUAGGCUUGGAGGUGGGGAAGGAAUGCUGGAUGAAGGAAUGGGAGGAUAACUUCGGCAUUGCAACAGGACGCAGCGGCAGGAGGAAACGGAACAUACUCAAGAUACCAAACCCUGCAUCUACGAAUCUACUGUUAUGCAAUCUGCGAGCCUUGAACGUGCUGACGCCAAAUUAUGAAAUGAACUACCCGAUGGUGGACGCCUGGAUCAGCACUAACGUGAGUGACACUGGCGUCAAAGAAAAGCUUCUCCAGUUAUCGAAAGAAUGCCAGCCGUUGCCCAUUCCCUUGGCUCCCUUGGAGACUGUGAAUAGAGUGAAGGAAGUGGAGUCUAUCAUGAAAGGAGUGAGAAGAUUCCAUAUUUACAUGGAAUGCAUGAAUCUGGGUGGCACUGAAAUUUGCAUGAAAAAGGAGAUGGAGCAUAUGAAGGAGAAAUGGGAUAACAUGAACUAUCCCUGAAAAAAAAUCUGUAUAGAAUUAGUUUGUAAGUAAUCUUGUGAGAUUUUCUUGUUUAACGAUAGAAAAGGCAAUCAAAGUUUAAAGAUCUGAAACCAAAAAUGUCUCAGUAGCCUAAGGUGCACCAAGGGCCGCGUUCCUAAACGGUACUACGAUUAUCUUAGCCGGAUAAGAACAUCUUAGUGCCACUUAUCCAUUUACGAAAGAAAUAUUGCUCACAUCUAAUAUGUAUUCGUAGAACAAUAGUAACUUCGACAGGGUCGGGGAUUUCGUAACUCACUAAAAACAGUAGUAGUUUCUCCUCAACAACAACAACAAUAAAUACUGUGUGAUAUAAACACCCUUGUUGUCUGAGAAUAAAACCCACUUAUGGGAACCAAAAGCAAACAUUAAAA